AGGGUUUUUAUACAUGAACCAGUAUGGCGCGACUUCGAUAACCGAUCAUUUCUGAUUUCAUCCUCCGUCGACCCUUAGCAUUGCACGAGAAAACCCUAGUUUUCUACGAUGGUGAACUGGAGGAUUAGGCAAGAAUGGGAGGAAUACGAUCUCCAAAGCUCAUACGCUGACAAUCCAUGUAUGUUCUCGAUACGAUUGAACUAUGGUGGAGUUUUUACGAAGUUUCCAGGCCGCAAAUACAUAAAGGGGAAGAUGAAAUAUAUUGAUGGCAUUGAUAGUGACUUGUUCUCGGUGCAUGAUAUGGACGAGAUAAUGGAAUUGCUUGAUUGUGUGGAACCAGGUAAAAGUAUUUAUUAUCAUUUCAAACGACCAACCUGGGAUUUAGAUUUUGGGUUGUAUGCUUUGGGUUGUGACGAAGAUAUAAACCACUUUAGGUCAUACGUGUAUGAACACAAGGUGAUAGAAGUGUAUACAGAGUUUUGGGAAACCAAGCUCCAUACGUAUCAAAUGUCCCCAAACCCUGCAAAGAUAAAGAUACACGAAAUUCCUGAGUCCCUUUGUCGUAAAAGCUUGUUAUUGACAUGGUCAAAUUCAGGGGAUUGUCCUAGUGAAGAAGCCCCUGUUUUUGAGAAUGUAGAAACUAUGGACGAACCCCCUAGUACAUUACUUGAAACAACCUUGGAACAACCCCUUGUUACAUUGAGUGAAACAGUUGAGUCAACCCCUGCCUAUAUACCAAGAAUUGAAAGCCCUUUGACUGAACCAAUGAUAGGAAGCACAUGUCCUAAUGUUGAUGGUUGGGAUGAUACAUUUGAAUGGUGUGAACCUUUUGGUGGGACUCCUAUGGAACAAGAUGAACCAAAUAGUGAAAAAGCAGGUGAAGACAGUCAAGCUAGUAAAGACAGUCAUGAUAGUGAUGACACUGAAGAUAGUGAAUACAGUCAAGAUAGCGAUUACAUAGUUGAUGAAGAUAAUUUGUUAGAUGAUCCAGAGGUUGAUAUGAAGAACUUUCACCUCAACAUUGACAAAGAGGUGGAGUGGGUUGGAAGUUUUCCUGAUGAUCGAGAUGAAGCAGUAGAAGGUGAUGAAGAAUUAGAGGUUAUAAACACUGAAGAAUUUGUAUCUGCAUCUUCAUCAGAUGAGGGUGAAGCUAGUAAAAAAAGGAAGAAGAUAAGAGAUUUACGAAGAGCACAUAAGAAUGAAGCAGCUGCUGUCAAAGAUCCAUUUUACAUCCACCAGACUUUUAGCACAGCCAAGGAAGUUAAACAACAAAUUUAUCUUCAUUCCAUACAGAGUAGAAGGGAGUUAGACUUCGUCAAGAAUGACAAAAAUAGGAUUAGAGUGGUUUGCAAAGGGACAAUACCAAACCUUGGGAUAUUAGAAACAGGUGGGACCAGCAAAAGUAAUGACAAAGUGGGACCAAGUCAAAAGAAAAAGAAAGUGAAAGAUGGUUCUAUUCAUAAAUGCCCAUGGGUCCUACUAGUGAGUAAGUGGAAAAAAGACAUUAACUGGACUGUUAAGACCUAUGAAAAGCAACAUACGUGCCUUCAAACAAGGAAAAUUAGGGCAUGUAACUACAAGUUUCUCUCUGAACAGAUUGUUGACACAGUGGAGGCAAACCCAGAAAUACCACUUAGAGCAUUACGUGAGAUGCUUGAGAAGAAAUACCAACUUGGAUUGUCAGACAUGAAAGUUCAUAGGGCGAAAACGAAAGCCCUGGAAUCAAUUAGGGGAGAUUUUGCUGCUCAGUACUCAUGUCUAAGAGACUACUUACAGGAGGUGCAGAGUAGAAAUCCAAACACCACAGUCAAACUUCAAGUGCAAAGUGAACCAUGUUAUGCAUCUGAGACCAGGGUAUUUGAACGAGUAUACAUUUGUCUUGGUCCACUGAAAAGUGGAUUUGCAGCAGGGAAAAGAGAUUUACUAGGGCUUGAUGGUGCAUUCAUGAAGGGUCCAUACCAUGGUAUGAUCCUGACAGCAGUGGGUUUAGAUGGGAACAAUUGCACAUACCCUUUGGCAUAUGCAGUUGUUGAAGCAGAGAACUUUAAUUCAUGGACCUGACCAAAAAAAAAGAGAAGAAGAUCUGCAACAGAAGAUGAUGGAGUGUCCACAAAAUGGAAAUCUGUAACAUGCACAAAAUGUGGAAAUGUGGGCCAUAAUGGAAGGACCUGCAAGGGACAAUCACAGACUGGGAAUGGAACAGGAGAAGGUGCAGCAGGGAAUACAACAGGAGAAGGUGCAGCAGGUAGCAGUGGUGGUGUACAAAAUGGAGUUGGGAACAAAGGAAAAAGCCCCAUGCUUUGA